AUGUCUAAAAGGCGGUCGGACACACAGCUGACGAAGGACGACUACGAGCAGCAGGGUUUUAGUUAUCAAGGAAAUCACGAUACGGAAAACGAUAGAGACGCCGUUGAUCCUACAAAAAUGGCUGAUAGCAAGAUUAUGAGUGGCAGAAAGAUCGCACCUCUGAAGAAGGGACGUGGCCGCGGGGGAGCGGCGGGCGGCAGCUCAAGAGGCGGUUCUAGCAUACCUAACUUCUUUGCGGCGACACCAACAGGGGGAUUCGGCACAAAUGGUGCAUCACAACCUGAGGCAGGAUUCUCUGGAUUCGGGACACCUCAGAGUGCCGCGCCAGCGACUCCAACUUUCGGGGGAACCGCGACAGGGGGUUUCAACUUCGGCGCUAAUAGCCCUGCGCCGGAGCCGCCCAAGGUAAACCCGUUCGCAUCAUUGGCACCAUCAAGCACGAAUGGCGGGUUUGGUACCCCUCAGCUUGGAGGGCUGUUUGGAGGUUCGACACCACAAAGCUCGUCAACUGGUGGGAUGUUUGGGAAUAAUAACAACAAUAACGGUAAUGCCUCUCCCGCGCCUGCGUCUACCGGGUUCACGUUUGGCAACAACGCAGCUCCUGCGCAACCAGCGACAGGUUUCAACAAGACUCCAGCAUUCACUUUUGGUAGUAAUAGUGCGGCUGCGCCAAUGUUCGGCGGCGGCGAUAACAAGCCAGCUACAUCUACGUCCGCUUCCUUUACAUUCGGAGCCAACAAUGGCGCUCCUGCUGUGGUUACACCUCCGGCAACCUCCUCAUUCAACUUCGGCGGCUCUACAGCUACCGCAUCCGGGCAGCCCUCUGGUGGCUACUUUGGUAAUAAUAGCUUUGCGCCCGAGAAGACCCCUGAGCCUCAGGCUACACCGGCUGCCGCGCCAGCACCUACCUUCACAUUUGGCGCGGCCACUCCACAAACAGGGACUCCUAGCACCCUUUUUGGAAAGCCGGCGGAUUCACAGGGUAAAUCGUUGUUCGCUAAACCUACUGAGCAACAGGGUUCAAGCUUGUUUGGACGACCCUCGCAUUCUCCGGAGCCUGUUUCGGGAAACUUGUUUAAACCUUCACCCAGCCCAGAACCCUCUAAUAACCUUUUUGGAUCUCCGGUGCCAACCCCAACCACCAGCAGCUUCUUUGGUCAGCCCAAAGAACAAGAGCAAAGCAAACCGUCAUUCGGUGGAUUCGGGGAUAAAGUACCGGCAACGCCAAAGAAUGACCCGCCCAAGGCGCUGUUUGGCUUCGGCAUAGAGUCUAACACUCCUCAGCAAGAGCCACCAAAAUCACCAUUCGGUGGCUUCGGAGAUAAUAAGGCUGAACCUCCUAAAUCGCCAUUUUUUGGCGGAUUUGGGACUCCGAGCGAAAAGAAGGAUGAACCGAGUAAGCCGCUCUUUGGCUUUGGACCUCCUACUGAAAACAAGCUAGAAACACCUAAGGCUCAAUCACCGUUCUUCGGUGCUCCUUCUACCCCCAGUGUCGAAAUUAACGAUGACAUCAUGGCUGAUAACUCACCACCAAAAUCACCGAGUGUUUUUAACCAGCCAAUUAAUAGCCCUAGUCCUUUUACUGGAUUUGGGUCACCUAAGCUCGCGGCAGCGCCGCCAAAAGAGUCUAUACCCCCCCUGCUAUGUUUACUCCUACAAACACCAUCACCUCCGCUCCCAUCUGACUCUACUUCAUGGACAACAACACAGCUUAAUGAAUACUACAAUUUGUUUGCUUUGCGUGCGUUGAACCACAGCUUUUUGGAAGGCCUUAAAAAAGCAGACCAAAUGGGUGACUGGAGUGUUUCUUGCGAAAUAUACAUCAAAGAGUCUAAAAAAAUUAAGGAAUGUCAACAAAAUGGGGAGCGCUAUAAGGGCGCCAGUGUUGAACCGAAAUUGGGCUCGGGUGUCACUGCCAAGAGAAUUAACACCCACGAUGACGAGAUUCAAGGUGGUGGUGGCAAGAGAUCUAAGGGCAACAGUGAAGACUCGAAAUUUUCAGGAUCUGAUUCCUCAAAGGCCCUCGCAUCAGUUCUUGGCGGUGGUAGCAGCAGCACUUCUGGAACAGACGCCUACAAACUUGCCAGUAAACCAACCCAUGGAUUUGUUCCUCCAUCUGCGUCGACGCCUGUCACACCAUCUGGCGUGAAGCUUGCUUCGACCCCAUUAUUUAGCUUCAAACCCCCUGCCCCCAUGUCCGAAAAGAAAGACCAAGAAGAGAAGAAGAAUGAGGACAAGCCUGAGGGUUCUCCGUCUGCGAAGGACAGCAGUGUUCUUCAUUCUCCCAACGUCUCUAAAAACAGUGGUGGAUUUGUAAACCCAUUUUCAUCACAGGUUCCUGGUCCCUUGGAAAAGGACGAAGGUGAUGACGAUGAUGAUACACCAGCUGCCCCAUCACCUUCGGGCAGUCUGUUUGGUCGCGUUAGUGAACCGAAGAAAGAAUCCACCGGGUCAAUCUUCUCAAACAACAAUGCUGGCUCUGGUAGUGGUCUCUUUGGAUCUGCCACAUCUAGUUCUGCGCCCUCUCCGAAUGCAUCAGGAAAUUCAUCGAUCUUUGGUACCCCCGGGGUAAAAGAAACCGGUUUCUCCUUUGGUGGUACCGGCCCAAGCACUCCUAUUGUGCCCCCUUCAGGCCCUCUCACCCCAAAAGACGAUGAUGACAACAAUUCUGAACCUAACGAUAAUGCCCAUCUUUCCAAGGGUGAUAUCGAUCUGUCUAAGCAAGGCCCCGGCGAAGAAGAUGAAGAUUCGAAAUUCGAAGUCCGAGCCAUCGUCUAUGAAUAUACCGAAAACCAGCAAGAAAAGCCAAUCAAGAGAGGUGUCGGACAGUUAAGAGUCCUCAAGAACCGUAUCAAUGGAAAAGCAAGGGUGCUUGCACGCACAGAGGUUGGGAAAGUCGUACUCAAUGUGGGAUUGGUUGAGGGUAUCACAUAUACACCAGCCAGCGGUAGGGGUUUGAAGACCGUUUCCGUGGUGGAGUUUCUCCCCGACAGUGGCCGUAAGAGGUACUCCGUAAGGGUAAAAGAAGAGGCAGAUGCAAGGAAAUUGGGAGAAGCGAUGGAUUUGGCCAAGAUGUCAUAG